UAUUGUUAGAAUCGUUGCUGAUUGUUUUCACGCAAAACUUGACGGUUUGGCUUUUUUAUUUCAAUUUCGUUGGCAGAGAAGAUUUAUACCAACUAAUUGACCGAUUUUUGCCAGAAAACACUAGCAAUAUCACACACAGUGAUGGAGACAGCACUUACAUGCAUGGAAUAAGGUCUUGGCUGUGACACGUCAAGAUGAAGAAGGGUUACAGAAUUAAAGAUAUAAGAGAGAAGGUGAUGAAGAAGGAAGACACAGGAACACUCACACGAACAGGUAACAUGAUGUCAGCACAGCCCCUACCGACACCUUGAAGACUAACCACCAAAAUAUGACACUGUCCUCAACGUGAGCAGCACACACGGGAUCAUCAAUGUACGCACUCACAUGCACACUUCAUAACAUACCGGGCUUCUGAUAAGAAGAGAAUUGGCAUGCUGCAAUGGAUGCAUUUCUCCUUUUUUUCUGAGGUGCUGGCCUGCAUGCCUCUAUGCAUUAUUCAGAACACAAGGCAAUAGCAGGAAUGUUUGUAUACGUGGAUGAAAUUUGGUCUAGUUAGUCCAUGUGAACAAUGUAUGAUUACGUUCCUGCACUGUUGCAUGAUGUCAGCACUCUGAGGACAUCACAGAGUGUAAAAUGCAUCGCUACUGGCGUUGGCUACAUGUGAUUGGAUCAGUCUAUCCAUUCAUCUAACCAUGCAUACAUCCAUUCAUCCAUCCAUCCAUCCAUCCGCAUAUAAAAAGGGAGAAAGAAUCAUGUUUUUUCAGAUAGAUUCACAUGCAGCCAUUAAAAGCAGCAAUGAUGAUCUGUUUAUCUAUAAACAUAAUUGAUACACUAUAGGUCAGACAGAUCUACAUGAUAGAUGGAUGGAGAUACAGUAGACGGAUAACUAGAAAGGUCAAUACAAGUAGCAGUUGAACGAUGUCAGUGCUAUGACAUCACAGAAAGCAAAAUGCAUCGCUGCUACUAUCUUAUCUAUCUAUCUAUCUAUCUAUCUAUCUAUCUAUCUAUCUAUCUAUCUAUCUAUCUAUCUAUCUGUCUGUCUAUAAAGAGGGAGAAAGAAUCAGCUGUUUUCUCGACCCCUCCUCUCUCCCCUCAUCCCUCACUAAUGUUACUAUCUUUGACAAGGCUGGCACACGCUUACACUGCACGCCUCACCACAUGCACAUAUGGAGAAAGCAACACACACACACACUUACUCACACACAUACUCACACAGACACACAUGCGCACCAAAGGCUAGCCUGAGGACAGCACGCGCUUGAGAGACAACCUCCUGACACACACACACACACACACACUCAAGUGCAUUCUGUGGACUCAAUAUACCAACACAGAGGCGAGCCGAUCUGCUGGAAACCACAGAGAAUUGAAAGACUGGAGGACACCUCCCCCUCCUCUUCCCCCCUCUCUCACUCUCCCUUUCUCACACUCUCUCUCUGUGUCCUCCUCUCUCUGAGCAUUACAGCAAGGCAUUGCGCAGGAUUUAACUCCCCUCCUUCAUCUCCCUCUUCUUUAUUUUAAUCGUUUUUUUUCCUUCCUCCAAUCCAUCUCUCCUUCUGUGGCAGCCGUUGCUCUUGGCAGCGGAAGGAUAUUUUCAUUUCCAUAUUGGAGCGUUACGAGAGCUGCUAUUCGCUCAUUUCUCCCACAGCUGUGUGUGUGCGUGCGUGCGUGUGUGUGUGAGCGAGAGAGAGUGUGUGUGAGCUUGGGGGGGGGGACGUCAAGAAGGACAGCAUCUCAAGACGUCUCGUCACUGGCCCCAUAUCGCUGCCUGUGGAGGCUGGCAUCAGGGCCAGCUGAUGUCACAGCAGAUCUGAGGCAGCUGCAGUUGUAGAAGCGCAGAAAUGCAGCUCAGCACUGCACCUACAGUGGGUCGCAGGAGGAGAGGAAAUCCGGACAGCCAAGGUCUGCUAGGUGUGCUGAGUGUGUGUGCUACAUUACUGCAGUUAUGUGCUGGCUGUCCUUCAGAGUGUGUGUGUAACUCACUGGAAGCUAACUGCAGUGGGCGGAGUCUAGUAUCUGUGCCCGCUCUCACUUCUCUCCCGGGGGGCACACAUACCCUCCUUCUGGCCAAUAACCGCCUCUCAUCCCUUCCUGUCUCUGCUUUCGCCAACCUGAGCACCCUGGAGACACUCGACCUGUCCAAUAACUAUUUGGACAACCUGCCUUCCAGACUGUUCCGUGAGCUGAGUAACCUGAGUGAUUUGAGUUUGCGUAACAACAGCCUGACGGUUUUGGAUCGCGAGUUAUUUCGCGGCCUGACCCUGCUGCGGAGACUGGAUUUGUCUCUGAACGGCUUGGCCACUGUGCCGCUGGGCCUGCUGGAUGUGCUGCAAGGGCUGACCUGGCUCUCCUUGGCUGGGAACAGACUUCAUGCUCUGGAGAGAGCCACAUUUGAGCCUCUCGUCAACCUUCAGCACCUGGAGCUGGGCAUGAACCCCUGGGAGUGUGACUGCAACCUGAGAGACUUCAAACACUGGAUGGAGUGGCUAAUAUAUCGAGGUGGUUAUGUCGAUGCCGUUGAGUGUACACUUCCGAAGGACUUGAGGGGUCGUGACAUCAGGGGCGUUCCGGUGGAGAUGUUCAACUACUGUCUGCAAUUGGAAGAUGAGAAUGGGGGCGGGGCUGGGAGCACAAAGAGUGGAUCUCCACCUUGUUUUCGAGGGACAACUGCUCCGUCGUCUGAAGGUGCAGUGGUGCGUACGGAGGCGGAGCUACCAGACUGUGUGAAGCAUCGUUAUCGGCCGGUCAGUGUUCGCAGGGCGAUCGGUACAGUAGUGAUCGCUGGGGUGGUCUGUGGAAUCGUGUGUAUCAUGAUGGUGGCUGCCGCAGCGUAUGGCUGCAUUUAUGCCUCUCUAAUGGCAAAAUACCAACGAGAGCUAAAGAAGAGGCAGCCAUUGAUGGGUGACGGAGAGGCAGAUGGUGAUCAAGAGGAGAAACAUAUCUCAUCAGUUGCAUAGGGGAAUGGGGGAGAGGGGUCAGAGUUCAGAGGUCAGCCACAAAUCUAAAGAACCCUUUACUGGUUGAGCUGCACAUUUGAUGAUCAUUUAGCUGACCAGCGAAGGAUUCAUCAUCCCUGUUUCCUGUCUCUCUGUCCUUCCUGAGACCCUCUCUGACUCUCAGACUUACAAUUUACUCAGUCUCUAAACUUUGGCCUAUGACCUUUGACCUAUUUGCCCCAGGACAAGAGGGACCACUCAGCACUUUAGAACUCCCCCACCCUCCUCCAGUGUUGAGAGGAUCUCAGCAGAGGAGGUGUGGAUGCAACUGUUCACAUUUCUGAACCCUGAUGUUUCUAGAGGAUCGUGUGCUGUCAUUAGCAUUAGCCUCUGUAGCAGCCCAAUCAUCAACCCGAACCUCCAAAUCAUAACUCUAAUUCCAACCCCAAUUCUAGACCUUUAACUCUAAUCCCAACCCCAAUCCUAGACCUUUAUCCCAACCUCUCAAAACUAAUCCAAGCCCUCAACUCUAAUCCUAUCCCUUCAAUACUAACCCCAACCCUUACCAUAACCAUCACCUCUAACACAGUCUACACCGGGUUGCACAUGCAAGUGGCACAACACAUUAAAAGCCAAUAAAAUUCUUUAUAAUCAGUGCUGUCUACAAUGGAUACAUUCUGAUGCAUUGCACCGUAAACUGAUGCCCCAAUUUCUGACAUACUACAUGGGCUUAUCCAACUUCUGACAAAA